ACAGGCCGGAGAUUGAAUUUGUUGACAAAAUAGCCAGGGAAACUUUCAGGAUGCUCAAUGAUCUGUCUCCAUGUGAAAUCCGUGGUUUUCCAGGGAUUGAAUCACGUUCAAAGGAGCUGGAGGAGUUACUGAAGUUUGAUGAUGCAAGCUGUAACCGUACCAUUGGGGUUCUUGGGAUGGCUGGAAUUGGCAAGACCACGGUUGCUGAUAGCGUAUACAAACGAAACCAUCGUCUAUUCGAUGGGUACUGUUUCCUUGAAGACAUUGACAAUGAGUCGAAACGGCAUGGAUUACAUCAUUUGCAUGAGAAACUUCUUUGUAAAUUGUUGGAUGAAGAGAAUUUGGAUGUCAGAGCGCAUGGAAGGUUGGAAGAUUUUCUAAGGAACAAGAAGUUGUUUAUUGUGCUGGAUAAUGUGACUGAAGAAAAUCAAAUACAAGUUCUCAUUGGACAGCAGGAGAUGUACCGUAAAGGAAGUAGGAUUGUUAUAACUACGUGUGACAAGAAACUGCUGCUGAAAAACGCUGAUGCAACAUAUGUAGUUCCCAGAUUGAAUGACAGGGAAUCUAUGGAGCUUUUCUGCCUAGAUGCAUUUUCCGGCAACCUUUACCCCACUGAAGAGUUUAUGGAUCUAUCAAAUAAAUUUGUUUAUUAUGCUAAAGG